AUGGGUAAGGAUAUCAAAUGGUAAAAUACUAGAGAAGUGCCAAAUUCAUGGCUGAGUUACCCAGUCCAAUAAUUUAGACUCAAAAUUUCAUAAGACAUGAUCCUAAAGGAUAUUUUUGUCUUUUUAACGUAAUUGAAUGAUACGCGUACAAACACUCAAUUAUAUUUCAGUGAAACAGAAUUAGAAUCUAUAUAGAUACCCCAAGUAACUGAUUGCAAGAAUUUUGGUUUAGAUAAUUUAUGCCAAUUUAAUGCAUUUGAAUCAAAGACUUAUUAUUUUUUAGUGUAUUGCAAAGUGAAUUGCCAUUACCAAAUAAAUGUUUAGACUCAAAACCAUCAUGAAUAUUUAAGUAAUGAAAAUAUGAUCAAAUCUAUAACUUCGGAAGAAGGAAAACCAUUAUGUUUGAAUUUAACAAAUAUCGAAUAUGAAAGAGUUUCUCUUUUAAUAAUUUAAAUUACUACUUAUAAUAUAAUGUCUUUGUACAUCAACAUGAAUGAAACAAUUCCCACUGCGUAAGAAUUUGACGUUCAAUAUGAUAUUGAUAAGUAAUUGAUCAUAUUUUGUUGGAAUAAUUAAACCCAUCCUUAAAAUGUGAUUUCAACUCUAUUCAAGGGUCUGGGAUCCUUUUAUAUUGAACUGAAAAUUUAUCAGAGUAUCCAUAGGAUCUCAUUAUAUUAGAAAAUAGAGGAUAAAGUAAAGAAGGAUAAGGUGAAUUACUAUAAAUUGAUUGUGGAAGAUUUAUAGGAUCAUUUAUUGAUGUUUAAUGUCGAUUACAAAAGUUAAAAUAUCAAAAUCUAUGUGCAACCAUGCAUAGGAGAUAGAUGCUCUAUUAAUUACACAAAUUUUGAAUGGUAAUUUUAAUUUGAUAUAGAAUAUCAACAGUUUAUCAUUCCAUUUCAUAAAAUGAUUUACACUAACGAAUAUUUGAUUGCAAUCAACACGGAUUUUAAUUUUUCAUAAUAUUAGUUUGAAGUCAAAAUAAAUCACAAUUUAAGGGAGGCUCUUGUCAUUAGAAAUGUUUAUCAAGGUAUCUUAUCAAAGAAUUAGAUUGCUUUGUUUUUAUUAGAUUACAUGAUUUAAGAGGGUGUAGAAAUAGUGAUUUAAUUGAUUUUUAAAUAUUCGAAAGGACAUGGCGUCAUUUUGAGCAAAUAAUGUAUUAAGGAUGAGGAAGAGCUUAAAAUAAUUGAUGAUGAGUUUGACUAUCUUCAACAGGCUGAUCCCGACAAUUAUUAUAAUUGUUCAUUCACUCAAGAAUAAGCCUCAUUAAUUUCAUCAGAUCAUAUACAAGCUGAAAAUGAAAUUAAAUUCUUCUUCAACUAAUCCGAAAUCUAAUAAGAUGUACCUAAACUAUCGUUUGAAUCCCGAUCAUUUAAUUUUCACUAUAUGGUCGCCGUCCAAAGCUAUGUGGAUUCAAUGAGAUUUUCCCUUUAAAUAAAAUAUAAGUCUGAAUUCACUCGAACCAAUUUGGAUUAAUACCUCAUCAACUAUAAAGCUCUAGCACAAUUAAAUGUUGAAAAAUAUGAAUUCUACUCAUUCAACCUACCUGAAUAAAUAGUCUCAAUUUGUAUAGCUAUCUAUUACGGAGAAUAGUAAAUUCAAAACAAAAUAUAUGUCAGUCGUGUAAAUCCUGAAUUAAAAUUGAUGAAAACUUUAGAUUUUGAAGUUAUAUAAUAUAAAGCUGAUGUAUGCCAUUCUUUUAAAAUGGAUAUACUGGCAUAAGCAAACUUGAGAUUUUCAAUUUUGGAGAUUUUCAACUCAAGAUCCAAUUCACCUUUUAAAUCUAUUCCAUUACAUUUAGCAACUCCAUUCAAAACAUUAGACUUGAAUCAUUAGAUGACCUUUGAAAUUAUUGAAGAGGCUACUCUCUACAUAAACCUGAAAUCCUUAUAUGGUAACUUUAUAUGUUACAUUCUUAGUAAUAGUAGAAACUUUGGGAACUCAUUUCCCAAUAAAUAUAACUUUACCCUUACAAGUGACUAACACACUUUAAUUAUUGAAAAUCCCCAAUAGUUUAAUUUUCUGUAUGUGAAAUCAACGUCACUAUAAGAAGAUGAAUCCUAUCAAAUUUUAUACUAUUAUCACAACUCCUUUUUGGAACUAUUCUUAGCCAGCACAUUCUAUGGCUUACUUAAUGAUAAUAAAACACUCUAUUUCUACUACUAAUCAUUCUCCAACCCCUCUCGAUUGUACAUCAUUAGAACCUAUUUAUCUGAGUAUAAUGAUUAGAACAAUCUUUAGAUUUACAUAAGUCUCAACAAUAAGUGUCCUGAUCAAGUAAAUUUUGAAUACCAAAUUUUGCCAACCUCCAAUUAUAUACCCAUUCACAAUUUUAGUUCAGGUUCUAUGAUAUAUAUUGGAGUGUACAGCAAGGGGACCAAUAAGUAUUCCCUUUUGAUUCAAGAAGAGCAUUCUGGAAUUGAAUUGAAGGAUAAUAUCAUAUAGACAAGUCCAGCCCUUGAAUAACAGAACUACUAUUUCUAUUAUUUCAUUCCCAAGAAUUUCAAUUUCAGUACUCCUGUCAAAAUUUAAGCAUUUACUAAAUUCAAUUUAAUUGAACUUUCGUGCAAUGUAGUUGAAUUUGAUUUUAAACAUCCUUAAAGAUAACAAUAUCCAACAAAUCAAAAAUACGAAAUCAAAGAAUUAUUCAGUUCUAAUCCAUCCAAUAAAAUGUUAUUCAUAAAUACAACUGAUAUGGUCAUGUGCAAAAAAAAUGGAUGUCUCUUAUUAAUAACUGCUUACGUUUUGGGCCAUUACGAUUAUUUCAAUAUUAUGGUAUCCUCCAAAUAUACAGUAAUUAGAAAUCUCGAGAUGAUUAUUGGAUAUGCCAGCUAGAAUGUGAUGUCCUAUUACUACUUUGAUAUUGAUGAGCAUAUAAAGGAAAUCCAAAUAUCAACAACAGCAAUCCAAGAUUGUGAUUAUGAUGUUUAUGUCUUGAAAUCUAGAAAUAACACACAGUUUCUCUACCCUUCUGUCGAUUAAUACACUUAUAAGUUUGCUUCAGAUACACUGAUAAUAUCUGAGGAAGACAAUAGAGGACAUUAUGUUAUUGGAGUGUUGGCACAGGAUUGCAUUUUCGAAAUUUUAUUACACCUUGGCGGGUUCUAAUUGAAUUACAUUCACAAUGGAUAAAUUGUAGAUACACACAUAGAGUCUACCAUAUCAUACUACUAUUUAAAUCAUCACGAGGAACCCUUUCGAAUCCUGAUUUAUGAUAUGAAGAACAUUAAGGUCUCAAUAAGUGUUGAAAACAACAGUAAAUAAAUAGAGGUGCCAAAUUCUGAUGAACUUUUUGGAGGUGUAAUUUAAAUUCAAGAAGAUAUUUGCUAAUCCUGUACUUAUAUUUUCACCCUACAUCCAAUACGACCAACUGCAGUAUCUUUAAUUCUAUCAUACAAUUCUAUUCCUCUACCUAUUAAAUAUGGCAGAACUUAUUAUGACCAUUGUCUCAAUAAAUGUGAAUUCAAUUUACAACCAGGAGAAUUGUAUUUAUUUAUUUACUCAAAAUCUAUCUAAUUGACUUUUCAUUCUAAAAUCAAUCAGAUAACUAGAAUGGACUUAACAUACUCUAAUCACAUCAUUCCUAUAAAUGAGACCUGCAUAUUGCGAAUUUAUACAGAUUCAUACUAUUCUAUCAAUUUAAGCAAUCGAGAAUUUCCAAUCACUUUACAAUUAGGUAGGGAAUUCAAUGGUAGAAACACUAUCGAUCAUAAUUAGCAAGUAUUUAUUUUUUCAAUUGAGAGAAUCGAUUAAGAAUAUAUCAUUUAAAUCUCAAGUAGAUCUGAAGUUAUGGUUUAGGUCUACUAUGAUACAGGUACGAAAAUGAUACUGCCGAAAUAAGAGUAUAGAAUCAAUAAAUCAAAGCACACAUUAAUCUAUUAAUUUCAAGAAAUUGAAAAACAAUAUUCAAUUACUCUCUAAUGUGUUGGUGACUAUUAUAUCACUGUGAAUGUUUACAAUAAAAUAAAGUACAUUAAUUUCAACAAUCAUUAUAUCGAAAUCAUUGAAGAAGGUCAGCAAUACAAUAUCUAGGCUAUUUUGGAAUAAGAAUUGCAAUUCGAGAAAAUAGAUUGUUUAGGAAAGACUCAACUGCAGAAAACUUCAUCUUCAAGAGAUACACUUUUCAAGAUUUAAGCUGUUGAUCAAACUUAACCUUUUAAAUUUAAUAUUCUUAGUUUGGUGCCUCAUAUUUAAUAUUCCCAUGAUUAAUGGUAUCUUAAGAAUGCUAGAUUUGAAAUCACCAAACUACUGAAUGAUUCUCUGGAAAUAAACAUCCAUACAAUGAGAAGAAAAAAGACUGGGAGUUUAAAUUUAAAGAAUUUAAUUUAUAAAAUGCACUUGUCAGAUCAAGACUUCUUAAUGAGAGCACUAGGUUGUGAGAUUGAUAUCGAAUUUCUGUAAAAUUAUACUGGUAGUUCUAUCUUUUACAAUACUUUUAUUUAAGAAGUGAAAGAGAAUUAGGAAUCACUGUAAUUUACAGUAUCGAUAAAUAGAGAAUUAAUCUAUGGUUUACUUGUAUUUUAAGCUUAUUAUGAGAAUUACAGUAUCCCUUAUACAUAUUUUUAUGAUGUCAGUGUCAUUUAUAAUGAGUCUGAAAAAAUGAAAGUUGAAGUGGAGAUAGAAGAUUCGAGAAUCAAUUAUAUAUUGAUAGUGUUUGUAAUUAGUGUUUUGUUGGCUUUUGGUUUAUUUUGUUUAUGGGUUUGUAUGCCUAAAUAAAGGUAGAGAAGUAGAGAAUUCCAUGAGUAAUAGGAAGAAUAAGAGUCAUACGGAUAGUAUGAAUUAUCAAAAUUGAAGUAAAAAGAACCAGUUAACACAACUUGA